AUGCCUGUCCACUCGAAGCCAAAGCCCACUGUGAAUAGGGUACAUCUACCCGUACGCAUUGCCAAAUACUUUCAAGAAGCAGAAAAGAGCAUAGACACCAAGGGAGGCAGUGAGCAGCAGACCGCACAUUGCCAGCUCGAGCACGCCAAGACCAAGUUCAAAAAGCUGCUCCACUACAAGAAGGAGUCAAAGUGUUCAGCGCAAAUAGCUGCAGGAGGUUUACCACAGAGUCAUGAGUUGUAUCCUCAGAAUAUCACUGUCUUUGAAGCUACACUCAAGGUCAACAAGCGCAAGUACAUGCACAUCAACCCCACCAUGGAUGUACUCAAGCAGAAGCGUCACUUUGCAACCUGGUUCAGGAGAUGGAGGUGA